CCUCUGUGCAGAGAGGCAGCUCAGAGCUCAGACGAGGGCCGGAGCCCCCCAAGUGAGCACAGUCUCAGCACCAGGCUCCUGACCGAGACCACCCCACAUCUGAGGAUGCAGAUACUGCCACAGGGUACCAGGCACCUGUGAUGCCAGGCCAGAGCCAGACCUUGCUGGCCAGGAGCAGAGGGGUAGUAUGCCCAGCCCUACGGGCAGUACUUCCAGGUGGUUUGGACCAUGGUGGGCACAGCUCUGGACUGGAGGAUGUGCCGGCCCCCUGACUAGCUGUGCAGCUGAGGACGGUCCCAGCCUCUCUGAGCCCCAACAGGUUUUUAUGGACCAGGAAUAGCAGGCACCCCCCCAGGGCUUCGGGAGCCCUGGAGCUUUAAUGCAGGCAAAGAUCUGAUGACAUGCCUGCAGAGACCCCCCGCCUUUGGCUGGAUCUCCAGCCGCUUGGAGCUUCGCCAUCCCCAGUACCUCCUGCCAUCUUUCAGUAGUAGAAUCAAGAUGGGCAAGUGGUUUGUGAGCACUGGGAAAGAUAACCUUCUCAACGCCUGGAGGACUCCCUAUGGAGCCAGCAUAUUCCAGUCUAAGGAAUCCUCGUCGGUCUUGAGCUGUGACAUUUCGGCGGAUGACAAAUAUAUUGUAACAGGCUCUGGUGACAAGAAGGCCACGGUUUAUGAGGUCAUCUACUAAGCAAGGACUGUGAUGGGGCUGUCACGCUCUGGGAGACACAGACUCGGCUGUGCCAGGGAGACCCCGCAGACACAGAGGAUGGGCAGCCAGCGGCCCAGCUCCACGCUCCGGCGGGCUGAGAGGGCGUGCCUGUCGCAGCCGGGGCUCCUGGGCCUGGACUCUUGUGUCUCACGGACUCCGAUGGAUUUCUCCCCUCCUCCUUCCGUCACGAUGCUGGCAGAGGCUGCACAUAGAUUUAUUUGGAGGCUCAUGGCUCCGGCUCUCCACAUACACCCUUGUGAAUCUCUCUCCUUGCCCUUUCUUUUGAUGUGUCCCCCUGCCCCGCCUCGGGGACACUGGAGCGUGGACCACACGUUUGUACCAGGGAGCGGGGGAGGGUUUCACGUCCCCGACUGUGCAGCGCUAAAGGUUUGUGAAAAGUGUAAAUAACAGACUCCUGUCUCGGACUGGUCAGCGGGGGAGGAGGCCCCUUCCCACCGGCAGUGCCAGCCGUGUAUUUCGCCUGCUGUAUUUGUAAUCCACUCGUGGUGGUGGCUUUGUUUUUUUUUUUUUUUUAAACAGAAGUUCCCAUCUGGGGAGGGGAGGCAGGGAGCGGGCAGAAUGAAGAGGGAGUGGCAGAGGGAGAAGACGCCUGGGUGGAGGAGGCAGCCAGGUCAGCCAUCAGGUACCCCCUGGGUGAGCGUGUCUCCAUGUGGACCUGGGGAUCGUCUUAAGGCAUGUCAGGACCUAGCUCCAGACAGACUGACGGACAGGCAGAGCUUGAGAUGGGUGCCCGUCCAGGCUGAUGGCAGCAGAAACAACGGUGAAUUUUUCUGUGGCCUCCCGAGUCCCACCUGCCUCUUAAUUAGCCUCUUGGUCCCUCUCUCAGGCGUCUGAGCCUGUCCGUCUAUCUGUCUCCCCCUCCACACCCCCCACCUCCAUCUCUCUUUGGUGCACACUUGGUUGUCGUGAUGAGAAAUGGAAGUUCAAAGGCUCCAGCCCUACUUAAUCUUCGGACACAACCUGCCUGAAAAGGACACAAAGUUAGAGGAACGCAUAGCAACUCAGCUCAGGGAGCUACCAGAGAAAAAAAUAGCAACUGAUGUGGGUGCUUUUUUUUUUUUUUUUUUUUUAAUUUGAAUAAAAAGAAUUAGAAGCGAUGUCCUUUCAUAAAAUGCCUUCUCCCCACUUUCCUGCCUCUGACCCCUUACUCUCUCCUUAGAGGGAAAACGUGUAUUUUAACCUGCAGGAUGGAGUCUAAGGGGUUCCGCUGGGGGUGCACCGUGCUGACUUCUCCUGGCUUCCUGUCUCUCUUAGGAGCCCAAACAGCUUACAGGUAGAAUAUCAGCUCCUGCAGUGCCACUUUUUGGUACCAAAAUGUUCUGAGGUAUUAGGAUUUUGUUUUUUGUUUUGUUUUUCCUUUGGUCUUUUUUUUUUUUUUUCUUCUAAGGAAAAGCUAAAGGCCGUUAUGAGUCCUGGUGGUGGGCUCUCCAUGGAUGUAGCAUAUGGAAGAUAAUUUUUAUACUGCAUUUUUAUGGCUUAUUUUAUAAUGUGUGAUUCUGUCUGGUGAGAAGGGAGGGGGUUUCCCAGUGAACCUCUCUCCAAUGCUCUUGCUCCCAGGUGAGCCCCUCCCCCUCCUACCUGGCUCCGGAGGCCGAAGAGAAGGGCAAGGUGGGUGCCCUUAACUUUCUGAGGUUGGGGAGGGGUGUCCAGAGUCUGUCUCUCUUCCUGUCUCUCAGUCUCUCUCUGGGUCUCAGAUGCUUAGCCACCACCUGUUGUUAAGGCUCUUGCCGCAAGGGAAGGCAAGGGUAGAAGACAAGUUGAUUCCUGAAGAAAAAAAGAAAAUGAAAAAGUCAUUGUAAUGACCUGUUUUUAUAUUUUUAAAAGUUACUAUUUAAAGGUU